UGUCAAAUUUGGCGUGCAUUUGUGCAGAAUGAAGCAGGCGAUAACUGCAGAGCAGAUCGCAGAGUGGUUCACGCUCGGAGCACAGUUCGCCAACGUACGAAUCACCCCUGAGGUACAGAAAGCUAGCAAGCCGGUUAACCUUGAUGCAGGAGAGGGUUGUGUAAAGCCAUGCACCGAUCAGGACGGCCCAGAGAACGAUCGAUCAGAAGGAGCUGUGCGGGGGAGCAGGAAGUCGGACAUCCUCCUUGGCCGAGAUGUGGCUCCUCUUCUUGCCAGUUAUGAGUACCCAAAUCUCCCCAUCACUAAGAAUAGACAGGAGUUGAUCUCUCUGAUAGAGAACAACUCUGUUGUUAUAAUCCGGGGUGCGACGGGUAGUGGCAAAACCACCCAGCUCCCGCAGUUCAUCCUGGACUACUACACAGAGAAGGGCACCCCCUGCAACCUGGUGGUCACACAGCCCCGCAAGAUAGGGGCCUCCAGCAUUGCCCGCUGGGUUGCCCGCGAGCGCAAGUGCACCCUGGGCAGUCUGGUGGGCUACCAGGUGGGUUUAGAGAAGAUGGCUACUGAGCACACCAGGCUCAUCUACAUGACUACAGGAGUCCUGCUGCAGAAACUAGUGGCAGCAAAGAGUCUCACCGAAUUCUCCCACAUCUUUAUAGAUGAGGUGCAUGAGAGGACCGAGGAAUUGGAUUUUCUUCUGCUGGUUGUCAAAAAGCUGUUGAAUUCCAACUCGCGCUACGUCAAGGUAAUUCUAAUGUCUGCUACAAUAAACUGCGCCGAGUUUGCUGAGUAUUUCGGAACGCCUGUCCGCAGCCAGAUUAAUCCAGCAUACGUGUUUGAGGUGGAGGGGGCUCCGUACACCAUCGAGGAGUUCUACCUGGAUGACAUCAAGAGCAUUCUCCCCUUCAAAAUGGAUGGCCCCCACCCAGAUGACCCCUGCAUUAGCAUGGAGAUGUAUAAUAUGGCGGUCAGUCUCAUUCAGAGCUUCGAUGAUCUGGAGGCCAGAGAACAAAGUCAAUCGGAACAGAAUGGGCAGACGACCCUUCCAGGGAGGGGCAGUGUGCUGGUGUUUCUGCCUGGACUCGACGAGAUCCAGUACAUGCAGGAGGCUCUUGCCAAACUUGUACGCAAAAGGCUGCAGGUGUACCCGUUGCACUCCACUGUGACGCUAGAGGAGCAGAACGGUGUCUUCUUGGUACCUCUUCCUGGAUACAGGAAGGUCAUCCUAUCCACCAACAUUGCGGAGAGCUCAGUCACAGUGCCAGAUGUCAAAUAUGUGAUCGACUUCUGUUUGGCACGCCAUCUGGUGUGCGACAAAGAGACGAAUUACCAGUGUCUCCGCCUCACCUGGGCAUCUAAGACCAACUGUAACCAGCGCAAAGGUCGUGCUGGUAGGGUAUCUAAGGGGUUUUGUUACCGUUUGGUCACUAGGGACUUCUGGAAAACUGAGAUUCCAGACUACGCCAUUCCGGAGAUGCUGUGCUCUCCGUUGGCUAGUAUCCUGCUGAAGGUGAAGCUGUUGGACAUGGGAGACCCACGCUCGCUCCUAUCUACGGCUCUGACGCCCCCAAAUCUCCGGGACAUCGAGAGGACCAUCCUGCAGCUGAAAGAGAUGGGCGCCCUGUCCGUGCACAGCAGCAUUCGGAAGCACUUUGAUGGCGAGCUGACGUUUCUGGGCCGUGUCCUGGCCCACCUGCCUGUGGACCUGUUCCUGGGCAAGAUGAUCGUGCUCGGCCAUGUCUUUGGCUGCCUGGAGGAGAGCCUCAUCAUUGCUGCGUCUCUCUCCUUAAAGAGUUUCUUUGCGAUGCCCUCUCUGCAGCAGCUGGCAGGCUAUCGGAGUAAGUUGGCGUUCGCUCAUGGUGUGCCCAGUGACUCCGUUGCUUUUGUCAAUGCCUUUAAGGCAUGGUACACAUCCAGAGCUAAAGGAGAGCUCAGGCACCCAAAGGAUGAGCUGGAGUGGGGCAAAGAGAACUGUAUUCAAAUUAAACGCAUCAGAGAGGUGGCUGAGCUGUUUGUGGAUCUGAAGGUUCGAGUCUCUCAGUUUAACAUGCACGUCAGCGAUAGUUCCCACCCGUUGGAUUACGCAGGCAUUCACAGCCAAAGAUUCAUACUGCAGGUGGUGAUCGCAGGUGCCUUCUACCCAAACUACUUCCUCCAGGGAGCCAUAGACGAGGAGCAGGCCUCCAAAGAGCUUUCAGGAAAUGACCCCCGAACCACAGUGAUGGUGCGUAACCUUCCUCCAUUUGCUUUCCUCUACUAUAAGCAGCUGCAGUCGCUGUUCCGACAGUGCGGCCAAGUCAAGUUCAUCUCCUUUGAGGGCUCCAGAGCCUACGUGGAGUUCUACCGGUCAUCGCUGCAGGAUUCUGGGGUCCUGCCAGAGGUGUCUCUCUCGCUCCGGCUGUCCCAGCAGAAACAGCGCCUCAACCUGCAUGUGCACACCACCAACGAGGUGGAGGCUCUGGCCGGGUGCAGGACCGUCUCGCACCUCCAAUACGCACGGGUGAAUGUGGAUUUUCAGAGCCAGACUGUUUACCCUGUUGGAGUCCUGAGCAGCACAAUCGACCCAGAGCGCCUGCCCUCCACCAGGGUCUUUGUUGUCAACAUUACUGAGGUGGUGGAGGUCGGCCACUUCUGGGGCUUCCAGGCAGAUGAAGCCAGUCUGGAGAAGCAGGGGAGGCUGACGGCGGCCAUUAACAUGCUGGAGCUGCGUCCUUUGUCGGUGUCACUUUACCCGAACCUGCUCUGCCUGGCGCCGUUCAGCGACACACAAACCGACACAGGCAGUUACUACAGAGCCAAGGUUCUGCAUGUACAGGGGAGCAAUGUGGAGGUGUUCUUCCUGGACUUUGGAAACACCUCAAAAGUUCCUUGCAAUAGUCUAAGGGAACUUCCUGCAGACCUGCUCGGAGCACCCUUUCAGGCUCAGGAGUUUGUGCUGGCAGGCCUGGCUCCAUCGGCCCAGUCCAUGAUCACAGGCGUCCAGUGGAGCAGCCGAGCGCGUAACCGCUUCAUCACGCUGGUGAAUGGACGCUCGCUCAUUGUCUCCCUAUACUCCAUCCUGCAUGGCGUCAUGCGUGUCCACCUCCAUGUCUCCAUGGAGACGGGUGACGUUGACGUGGCCAACCUGCUCGUGCAGGAGGGAUAUGCCCGCCUCGUCCCUGAGAGCUUUGAGAGCCAGCAGUCUCAUGAGGUGUUAAUGGGUCUGUAUAAGGACCUGAAGGAGGGCACCUUCACGCCGAGCUCCAGCAGCAGCUCCUGGAACACCCGCAAAGAGGAGGAGAAGCAGCUCAUCAACAGCCUGCUACUCUCCUUCUCCAAAGCCAGCCACAGCGCCCCCAAGUGCAGGGUCUCUGUGCAUGGCCCGUUCAGCCCCCACAAGGUCACCUUUCACUGCAUGAGCGGAGUCAUGCAGUACAGGUCAGUCAUCAUCGACAGAGACAGCAUAAACUCCGUGCUGGUGAACGACAAUCCUCAGGACAGUCACGAGAGAUUGCUGGUUGCAGGAUCUGUAUCUCUUAAUGCCUCAGGGACAUGUAUAAUGCUGAAAGAAACAACUCUGAUGCCUCAUAUCCAUGGCCUCCCUUCCCUGAUCACAAUGCUCUUCACCCCCGUCAUGGAGCUACGUACUGAUCAGGAGCGCACUUGCUUUACUGGAGCUCUGUGUGGCCUGGGCACAAACUCCAACUCCCAGGAGGCUAUGCUGCCAGAUCAUGAUAUCGAGACAACCUUUGAUGUCAAGGUUGAUGUUGAGGACAUCUCUGAGAUAAAUGGACUUCGAGGAGCAGUUAAUAGGCUGGUGUGUGAGGGUCCCAACGGCCUCCUCCAUUUGGGCCCAGACCGGAUCAGCGCUCUCCAGGAAGAUGCACGUGAUCGACUCCUCAGGCUGUUCUGUAAAAUGCCCUCCAGAGAGGAUUGCACACCUGUUUACUACGACAUGCCCAAGAAAUGGAACCAGGUUGACCCCUCCCAGCAGAUGGAGGUUGUCCAAAAUGAUGGCAGAGCUAAAGCGGUUCUAUUCCAGCUGCACCCUGUGACUCUACUCAACAUGUGAUGUCUGUUGCUGUCGAGGCUGAUCUAAAAUGUAAAAAAAAAAUUAAAAAAUAAAAUGCUAUUAUAAUGCAAGGAAGAGCGCUGACUUAGCCGAACUGAAAGUUUCUUUUUAAGGUUGUGUUCCCUGUUCAAUUGCUGCCACAAGCAGUGUUUGUUAAUAAACCAUACUUUUCUUUCUUUCAGAUUAAUUUGGUUAUGAAUUAUCAACAGUAAUCUCAA